CUAUCUGGUUCCUGUCUCUCCGUCACAUCUCGGGGCUCCCUGUCCGACGAUACAAACACCCAGCUAGCUGCUUUAGCAAACUUUAAAACUAAGUUACUGUAAUAUAGUUAGACUAUUUUAAAUACAUUAGCGAAUCAACAGGGAGUUAACAACAAUGCCUGCAGUUUCUAAAGGUGAUGGGAUGCGAGGCCUGGCCGUGUUCAUCUCUGACAUCAGGAACUGUAAAAGUAAAGAGGCAGAGAUUAAGAGGAUAAACAAAGAACUGGCAAAUAUCCGUUCCAAAUUUAAAGGAGACAAGGCUCUAGACGGCUACAGUAAAAAAAAGUAUGUCUGCAAGCUGCUCUUUAUCUUUCUUCUGGGCCAUGAUAUCGACUUUGGACACAUGGAGGCUGUCAACCUCCUCAGCUCCAACAAGUACACAGAGAAACAAAUAGGUUACCUGUUCAUCUCAGUGCUGGUGAACUCUAACAGCGACCUGAUCCGUCUAAUCAACAACGGCAUUAAGAAUGACCUGUCCAGCCGCAACCCGACCUACAUGAACCUGGCCCUGCACUGCAUUGCCAAUGUGGGCAGCAGAGAAAUGGCGGAGGCUUUUGCCUCUCAAAUCCCCAGCAUCUUGGUGGCAGGGGACACGAUGGACAGCGUGAAGCAGAGUGCAGCACUAUGUCUACUACGGCUCAACAGAACCUCUCCUGACCUGGUGCCCAUGGGUGAUUGGACAGCACGAGUGGUCCAUCUGCUUAAUGAUCAGCACCUGGGAGUGGUAACAGCAGCCGCCAGCCUUAUUACCACUCUAGCCCAGAAGAGUCCUGAGGAAUUCAAAACAUCCAUCUCACUGGCUGUGGCCAGACUCAGUAGGAUCGUGACUUCGGCAUCCAUCGACCUACAGGACUACACGUACUACUUUGUUGCUGCACCGUGGUUGUCCGUCAAACUGCUGCGCCUGCUACAGUGCUACCCUCCACCUGAGGACGCAGCACUGCGAAGUCGUCUGACAGAGUGUCUGGAGACCAUCCUCAACAAAGCUCAGGAGCCACCCAAGUCCAAGAAGGUCCAGCACUCCAACGCAAAGAAUGCUGUUCUGUUUGAAGCCAUCGCCCUCAUCAUCCACCAUGACAGUGAGCCCACCCUGUUGGUACGAGCCUGCAACCAGCUGGGCCAGUUUCUGCAGCACCGGGAAACCAAUCUCCGUUAUUUGGCUUUGGAGAGCAUGUGCACACUGGCCAGCUCCGAGUUUUCUCACGAGGCAGUAAAGACACAUAUAGAUACUGUGAUCAACGCUCUGAAGACAGAGCGAGAUGUGAGUGUUCGCCAGCGGGCUGUGGAUCUGCUCUAUGCCAUGUGUGACCGCAGCAACGCCAAGCAGAUUGUGGCAGAGAUGCUAAGCUACCUGGAGAACGCCGACUACUCGAUCAGAGAGGAGAUAGUGCUCAAGGUGGCCAUCCUGGCAGAGAAAUACGCCGUGGACUACACCUGGUACGUGGAUACCAUUCUCAACCUCAUCCGCAUGGCCGGUGACUAUGUCAGCGAGGAGGUGUGGUAUCGUGUCAUCCAGAUCGUCAUCAACAGAGAUGAAGUCCAAGGCUAUGCAGCCAAGACCGUCUUUGAGGCCCUGCAGGCUCCCGCCUGCCAUGAGAACCUGGUUAAGGUGGGAGGUUACAUCCUGGGAGAGUUUGGCAACCUCAUUGCUGGUGACUCACGCUCCAGCCCUCUGGUCCAGUUCAACCUCCUCCACUCCAAGUUCCACCUGUGCUCCGUGCCGACCCGGGCGCUGUUGCUGUCGGCCUACAUCAAGUUCAUUAACUUGUUUCCAGAAGUGAAGGGCACGAUCCAAGACGUGCUGCGUUCAGACAGCCAGCUCCGCAACGCUGACGUGGAGCUUCAGCAGAGAGCUAUCGAGUACCUGAGGCUCAGCUGCAUCGCCAGCACUGACAUACUGGCCACAGUCUUAGAAGAGAUGCCUCCUUUCCCAGAGAGAGAGUCGUCAAUCCUGGCCAAGCUGAAGAAGAAGAAGGGCCCAGGAAACCUGCCAGACAUCGACGAUCCCCGGUGGAACGUCAACGGCAGCACCGAGCACAGCGACAACACCGAAGACACAAACAAGUCUUCUCCUUCACUGGUGGCAGACCUUCUUCCUACCAACAGACCUCGCCCUGUCUCCUCUAGUCCCACCAUGCUCUCUGCUGGGACCAUGGGUGCCGCCCACCCCUUCACAGACCUGCUGAAUCUGAACUCCCCCCCUCCAUCAGGAGCCAGUCUGCUAGUUGAUGUCUUGUCCGACAUCUCCAGCCCUGCAUCCGCAGAUGUGUCCGAGGAAAACUUUUCCAGGUUUAUUUGUAAGAACAACGGUGUUAUCUUUGAGAACCAGCUGAUGCAGAUUGGACUGAAGGCUGAGUACAGGCAGAACCUGGGUCGCAUUUAUGUGUUCUGCGGCAACAAGACAUCUACCCAGUUCCUCAGCUACACUUCAUCGGUGACCACUAGCGACACACUCAAGACUCAGAUUAAUGUCCACGCUAAGCCGGUAGACCCCACAGUAGAAGGUGGAGCUCAGCUCCAGCAGAUCAUCAACAUCGAGUGUGUUACAGAUUUCACAGAAGCGCCGGUACUCAACAUCCAGUUCAGAUACGGUGGAACUCUUCAGAACAUUGGAGUGAAGCUCCCUGUGAUGCUCAACAAGUUUUUUCAGCCGACAGAGAUGACAUCCCAAGACUUCUUCCAACGCUGGAAACAGCUCGGAGUUCCUCAGCAGGAGGUUCAGACAAUCUUCAAAGCCAAACACCCGAUGGACAGAGAUGUUACCAAUGCCAAGAUCCUAGGUUUCGGUGUAGCUCUGCUGGACGGGGUGGAUCCUAAUCCUACAAACUUUGUUGGAGCUGGAGUCAUUCACACUAAGAACACUCAGGUGGGCUGCCUCCUCAGACUGGAGCCCAACCCACAAGCCGAGAUGUACCGUCUCACGCUCCGGACCAGCAGGGAGUCUGUGUCUCAGAGACUGUGUGAUCUGCUCUCUGACCAGUUUUAGUCUCAGCACAGCACCAGCAUUUCAACACCUUCACUCUCCUAGUCUCUCUUUAGAUAGGACCUGAUGUAUUGUACAGUGUAAAUUCUUUUUUUUUUAUUAUUAUUUGCCUUACUCCACAUGUAAAUGAAUUGAAAUGUAUUUUUCACACAUAGCUUUACUAAUAUAUCACUGCUUUAAACCUGCCUUGUGUACUCCACGCUGAGCGCCUUAGCCGACAUGUUGGCAGAGUUCUGAACAGUUUUGAAAUGGUGUGUUUUCGGAGCUUGGGUACUGCCUUUUUUUAUCCAAACAUUCAGUUUGGAAGCAUUAUUGAGAUUGAGGUGGUUGAAAAUGUCAUUAAGAUCCCAAGUUUACCAAUGAUUUCUUAUAGCCUUUCUAUGAGACAUGUAUUCUUGUAGUGCUCCAAAGAAAUAUUGCACACAACAGGGAAGCUUUCCUCGACUUCUCACCCCGUUUUGCACUCGUUAGGUAAAAAAUUUAGAUCACAUUAAUUAGAGCUACAGAAGCCAUGAGAAGCAUGUGAGAAAAAACAAAUCUGGUGAUCUAUUUUCUAAGUCUAAUCUACAUUUUUUUCUCUCCCGUGUU